UCAGUCUCAUCCUGGAGUCUGGACUUCAGUUCUCUUCCCAAAGCACUACAUUGUCAUCUCUCUCAGUUGCUUCUUUUCUUUCUUUCAGUUUGGGUUGUGUUUUAAGGAUGUUUCUAAAGUGUUGGGGUCUUUUCAUUCUGUCCUUAUAGUGCCAGAACCUACUAAGACCUGUUCCAGUCAGCCCCAGCCUGCCGGUACCGGGACCAGUACUUCCACCAGCACUCUCUCCAGCAGCAGCAAUGGCAAGCGCGCACCUGCCGGCGGCCAGCAGCCAGCUGCAUCCCGCUACCUGCCUCGCGAGGUGCCUCCACGCUUCCGCCAGCAAGAACAGAAGCAGCUACUGAAGAGAGGCCAGCCACUGCCCACAGGGGCUCUGACUAGUGCGAGCCCAACACAGGGCGCCGGGACUGCAGGGGCGAGCCCUCCUCCCCUCCCUGCAGCCAGCGUGCAGCAGCCCAGUAAGCUCCAGCCAGAUCUCAGUCACAGUGGAUUGGCAGAGCAUUAUGAAAGUGCCCACUGGGGACAGCAGCCCACUUUCAGGAGUGAAGCCAGCGGCAGCUGGGACAAAGUGAUAAUAGACAGGACUGAUAAGGAGGCGUGGCCGUCCAUCCCAGGAACAGAGACGGAAUCGGCCUCAGAAUGCACCACAGACACUGACUCUGCCUCCAACUGCGGCUCUGAGAACAGUAGCAUGGCUACAGGGAGCGCCCCAGGCGGCUUCACAGGACACACCAAGAAGACCAAUGGCAAUAACAGCACCAACGGCGCACUCAUCCAAAGCCCUCCAAAUCCGAGUGCCCUUGGAGCAGGGGGCGCCAAUGGCAAUGGCAGUGCAGCCAGGGGGUGGGGUGUAGCCACGGGCUCUAGCUCCGGCCUUGCUCGCUGCUCUCUUGGCGGGGAUGGGAAGAUGGACAUGAUUGGAGAUGGGCGAGGUCAGAAUUGCUGGGGCGCUUCCAACUCCAACGCUGGCAUUAACCUCAACCUUAAUCCGAAUGCCAACCCCGCUGCCUGGCCUGUCCUUGGACAUGAAGGAACUGUGGCCGCAGGCAACCCCUCCAGUAUUUGCAGCCCAGUCAGUGCCAUAGGCCACAGCAUGGGCAGCCAGAACGGGGACCCGGCGGGCACUUUGGGUGCUUGGGGAAGCUUGCUGCCGCAGGAGAGCACAGAGCCACAGGUGUCCACUCCUCAGAAUGUGUCUUUCAGCGCACAACCUCAGAACCUUAACACUGAUGGACCAAAUGACACUAACCCCACGGACUCCUCACCAAACCCUGUCAGUGCAGUGCAGACCAACGGACUGCCAAACUGGGGCAUGGCUGUGGGCAUGGGGGCCGCCAUCCCACCCCACCUGCAAGGCCUUCCUGGUGCUAACGGAUCAGUCUCUCAAGUCAGCGGGGGCGGUGGCGAAGGAAUCGGCAACUCUGUGUGGGGACUGUCCCCAGCUAACCCUACUACAGGAAAUAGCAAUUCUGGGUUCAAUCAGGGGAAUGGAGACACUGUGAACUCAGCAUUAAGUGCUAAACAAAACGGAUCCAGCAGUGCUGGGCAAAAGGAAGGGACUGGAGGGACCGCCUGGGAUUCGGGGCCUCCUGCUGGCCCUGGGAUCCUCGCUUGGGGGAGGGGCCGCGGCAACAACAGCCUCGGGAAUAUCCAUUCGGGAGCGUGGGGCCACUCCAGCCGAAGCACCACAAAUGGUGUGAAUGGGGAGUGGGGAAAGCCCCCAAACCAGCAUUCCAGUGGUGACGUCAAUGGGAAAGGAUCAACAGGGUGGGACGGUCCCAGUGUCGGCAGCCAGAGCCCGGCUGUGCAGCCUGGCAGUGAGCAUGUGAGCACGUGGGCCAAGGCAGCCUCUUCUGGCACCACAGCGAGUGAAGGCAGCAGCGAGGGCUCUGGCGGCCACAAUGAAGGAGGCGCCGGGAGGGAAGGGGCUGAGGGCCGGAGGCGAGAUAAAGGGGUCCUAGACCCAGGGCACAUACAGUUGCCAAGGAACGACCUUGACCCGCGAGUUCUGUCGAAUACUGGCUGGGGACAGACUCCAGUAAAGCAAAACACUGCCUGGGAAUUCGAAGAGUCCCCGAGGUCUGAGCGAAAAAAUGACAAUGGGACAGAGGCCUGGGGCUGUGCAGCUCCUCAGCCUUCACACUCAGGGGGUAAGAACAAUGGGUCCAUCGUGAACAGUGCAAAUACCUCGUCAGUGUCCGGGUGGGUCAGCUCGCCCCCUGCUGCUGGGCCAGCAAACACAGGCUGGGGGGACAGCAGCAACAGAGCGCAAAAUGGCCCUGGGGUUUGGGGGGACUCGAUAAGCUCUACUGCUGUCCCGAAUGCUGCUGCCGCCAAGAGUGGCCACGCUUGGAGUGGGACCGCAGGUCAGGAGGACCGAUCACCCAGCUGGGGUGAGCCUCCAAAGCCCAAAUCCCAAAACUGGGGAGACGGACAGAAAUCGAGCCCAGCCUGGAGUGCAGGAGGGGGAGACUGGGCCGAUUCCUCCACCGUCCUUGGCCAUUUGGGGGAUGGGAAAAAAAAUGGCCCUGGAUGGGAUGCUGACAGUAACCGUUCAGGGUCCGGCUGGAGCGAGGCUACACGGUCUGGGACCAGUGGCUGGGGCAACGGCACAAACACCAAGGUGAAUCCAGGGACGAACUGGGGAGAGUCGUUGAAACCUGGCCCCCAGCAGAGCUGGGUGAGCAAACCCCAAGACAGCAGCGUGAGUAACUGGGGAGGGGCCGCCUCCGUCAAGCAGACCGGAACUGGGUGGAUCGGGGGGCCCGUCCCUGUCAAACAGAAGGACGGCGCUGAGGCCACGGGCUGGGAAGAGCCUUCUCCGCCCUCCAUUCGACGCAAAAUGGAAAUCGAUGAUGGUACCUCAGCUUGGGGCGACCCGAGCAACUACAACAACAAGGCCGUAAACAUGUGGGACAGGAACAACCCAGGCCUCCAGGGUGGCGCCACGGCGGCCGAUUUAAUGUUUCCCUCUCACUUUCUACUGAAAGCCCCCCUGAAGGUAGAUCAUCUGGAGGUUGUUUGGGAUUUGGAAUUACUGUUUCCCUCCCUGUUUCACAUGUUCUUUCUCUCCCCUGCGGCAUCCUUUUCAGUGUCGUCAGGCUGGGGAGACAUGCCUAACAUCCACUCAAAGGCUGAAAACUCGUGGGGAGACCCAUCCUCCCCGUCCACCCUGGUGGAUAACGGCACGGCAGCGUGGGGCAAGCCCCCCAGCAGCGGCAGCGGAUGGGGAGAGCAGCCCGGGGAGCCGGCAGUGGCGUUUGGGAGAGCUGGCGUGCCCGCCACCGCCCCAGCCCUGUGCAAACCAGCUUCAAAAUCUAUGCAAGAAGGCUGGGGCAGCGGUGGGGACGACCUGACCCUCGGCCCCGGUCAGUGGGAAGACGAAGAGGGAGGCAUGUGGAGCAAUGCUGCCUCCCAGGAAGGCACCUCCUCCUGCAGCUCCUGGGGGAGCGCCCCCAAGAAAGGGCUCCAAAAGGGCAUGAAAACCUCUGGCAAGCAGGACGAGGCCUGGAUCAUGAACCGGCUCAUCAAGCAACUCACGGACAUGGGCUUCCCGAGAGAGCCAGCUGAAGAGGCCUUGAAGAGUCACAACAUGAGUCUCGAUCAGGCCAUGAGUGCUCUGCUGGAAAAGAAGCUGGACGUGGACAAGCGUGGACUGGGGGUGACUGACUACAGUGGAACGGUCACCAAACCCCUCGGCUGCCGCCCACCAAUCUCCAAAGAGUCUUCCGUGGACCGCCCCACCUUUCUUGACAAGGACGGCGGCCUUGUGGAAGAGCCCACGACUUCACCAUUUUUGCCUUCGCCAAGCCUGAAGCCCCCCCUUUCAAACAGCGCACUCCCCAAUCAGGCCCUGGGCGGGAGCGCCUCGGGGCUGGGCGUGCAAAGCUUGAAUUCUCGGCAGAUCCCGAGCGGCAGCCUGGGUGUGUUCGGCAGCAGUGGAGCAGCACAAGCCAGGACCCUGCAGCAGCCGCCGCCGCCCGCGCCGCUGACCCCCUCCCAGCCCAGUCUCCGUGCGCAAGUGCCUCAGUUUCUAUCCCCUCAGGUUCAAGCACAGCUUUUGCAGUUUGCAGCAAAAAACAUUGGUCUCAACCCUGCACUAUUAACCUCGCCAAUUAACCCUCAGCAUAUGACGAUGUUGAACCAGCUCUAUCAGCUGCAGCUGGCGUACCAACGUUUACAAAUCCAGCAGCAGAUGCUACAGGCCCAGCGGAACGUGUCCGGCCCCAUGAGACAGCAGGAGCAGCAAGUCGCGCGCACAAUCACUAACCUGCAGCAGCAGAUCCAGCAGCAGCAGCGCCAGCUGGCCCAGGCCCUGCUCGUGAAGCCCCCACCGCCCCCGCCGCACCUGUCUCUGCACCCAUCUGCAGGCAAAUCGGCCAUGGACAGCUUCCCCCCGCACCCCCAGGCCACCGGCCUGCCUGACCUGCAGACCAAAGAGCAGCAGUCUUCACCCAACACCUUUGCUCCUUACCCUCUCGCUGGACUGAACCCAAACAUGAAUGUCAGCAGCAUGGACAUGACUGGCGGUCUGGCGGUGAAGGACCCGUCUCAGUCCCAGUCGCGCCUCCCUCAGUGGACACACCCCAACCCAAUGGAUAACGUACCCGGUGCUGCUUCUCCUCUCGACCAGAACCCCGGCAAGCACGGUGCUAUCCCUGGAGGUCUGGGCAUUGGGCCUCCAGCCAAGUCCUCCAUUGACGACUCCUAUGGCCGGUACGACUUGAUUCAGAACAGCGAGUCACCAGCCAGUCCUCCAGUAGCCGUCCCCCAUAGCUGGUCGCGUGCCAAAUCUGACAGUGAUAAAAUCUCAAACGGCUCCAGCAUCAACUGGCCCCCAGAAUUUCACCCUGGAGUUCCGUGGAAAGGACUUCAGAACAUAGACCCCGAGAAUGACCCUGACGUCACUCCUGGAAGUGUCCCCACUGGGCCCACCAUCAACACCACCAUACAGGACGUCAACCGCUACCUCCUCAAGAGCGGAGGUAAACUGUCAGACAUGAAAUCGACCUGGUCCUCUGGCCCCGCCUCCCACACGCAAGCCUCUCUGUCUCAUGAGCUGUGGAAGGUGCCCAGAAACACUACUGCACCCACGAGGCCACCUCCGGGGCUCACCAAUCCCAAGCCUUCCUCCACCUGGGGAGCCAGCCCCCUUGGCUGGACCAGCUCUUACUCCUCCGGUUCUGCUUGGAGCACUGACACCUCAGGAAGGACCAGCAGCUGGCUCGUUCUCCGCAACCUCACGCCCCAGAUCGAUGGCUCCACCCUCCGGACGCUGUGCUUGCAGCACGGGCCGCUCGUCACCUUCCACCUGAACCUGACUCAAGGCAACGCCGUGGUCCGGUACAGCUCCAAGGAGGAGGCCGCCAAGGCCCAGAAGUCCCUGCACAUGUGUGUUCUGGGAAACACUACCAUCUUGGCCGAGUUUGCUGGCGAGGAAGAAGUGAACCGCUUCUUAGCCCAGGGCCAAGCGCUGCCGCCCACCUCCAGCUGGCAGUCCAGCACCGGGACCAGCCAGACGAGGCUGGGCGCCUCGGGCAGCUCCCACGGCCUGGUGCGGAGCGACGCCGGCCACUGGAACGCCCCGUGCCUGGCAGGCAAAGGGAGCAGCGACCUGCUGUGGGGCGGGGUCCCCCAGUACUCGAGCAGCCUGUGGGGCCCGCCCAGCAGCGACGACGGCAGGGUGAUCGGAAGCCCCACCCCGCUGAACACUCUGCUUCCCGGCGACCUUCUUAGUGGGGAGUCCAUCUAGGACCAAGGGGACCUGUGGGCACCACAAUCAUCAGCACUAGGAAGAAAACGCUGACCCUUUCCAGUCCGGGCUCGCUGAGGACCCUGCUUGGCCCGAGCAGCCCGGCAGCCCUUUCAAGUACCUCUGUCCAGUACUGAAGACGAACCCUCGCCACAGCCCUUGCGAACUGUUCCCAGGACAGUGCGGGCUGCGCGUGGUCAGUGUCACAUGCUAAUGACAGGAUGUUUCUCAUAGCUUUUUAUUUUGUGUCGUCUUAUGUUUGUAUGGUGUGUUGUUAUUUUGAUUUUUUAAGUAUAAAAGCUGCUUAGAAUAGUUC